CGCUCCAGCCAUUACCACGAGCCCGUCCUCCCCAAUUAAGGGGCCACCAACCUCCUGUGCACAGCAUACGGCAUGGUCAUUCUGUUGGUCUUUCCCUGUUCUGCCUUAGUGAGUGGGACAUUACUGUGAGGGCUACAAUGACUGAAUGACUGGUUGCUCUUUUCUUGUCCUAGUGAACAUCAGUCAUCGGACUUUGUGAAGAGGAUCCCUGCGACUAUAGGUCAGAGUUUGCUUCUUGGAUGCAACACUAUGAAUGGGUUYGAGAGCAGAGCGUAAGAGGUAGUGCUGGUCACCAGAGCAGAAACAUAUCAAGGUCUGUGAUGCGAAGCGGAGAGAGCUUCUGUGAAUYUCGUGACGGGGACAUGGGAUGUCUCUGACUGUGCAGCGAAAUCAACAUGACAAUCAUUCUGCCCUCAGUCUGGUAACAAGUGAAGACGUUGUCCAGCUUGUAGCAGCAUCCGGCACCCAAUAAAAAGAGAAAGAGGGUGGAACAAAGGGAGGAGAGAGAAAGGYAGAGACAGUGGUAUGAUGUGAAGGAGACAGAAGAAGAAGAAGCGAGAGAGAGAGAGAAAAGGAGAGACUAGAGAGGUAAAGUGGGGAAGAGAGAAGAAAGAAACUCACAUUUUUACAGAUGGAUCUGGGCGUGCUCAAGGCUCUGGAGAGAGAGAAGGUUCUGGAGGUUCUUAAGAGAGACAAACUUUUACGCAGCACGGAUGACGACAGGAUAAGGAGGCUGAAGACGGAGCUACAGGAGAUCCGAAGGAAAGGUGCCAAGAGUUUUGCCCGGCAGUACAGCGAAAGGACUUGCGCCCGCUGUCAGAGGCCGCUGGGAAUGUUCUGGAACUCGGGCGCCGUGUGCCGAGGUUGCAGCCACCGCGUCUGCAACAAGUGUCGCGUGGGCGUGUCCGCCCUGGACUGGAAGUGUACCGUCUGCCACGCCUACAGGGAGGUUAAGAUCAGGUCCGGGGAGUGGUUUUUGGAAGAAAGGGCCAAGAAAUUUCCACCUGACACAGAAAGGCAUGAGACUGUUGGGGAGAAACUACUAAAGUCUUACCAGAGGUUGAGUCAUAUAACAGUCGUUCCGCCAACCCCUCCACCCUAUUACGAUGGUCCAUCCUUCAGCAGAUCAGGGGGACUGAAGAAUUCCUUUAAAAAACCAUUCACCAAGUCUAUGGAGGACCUGAUGGUUUCCCUCACCAGCCACAUGAGAAGGUUCUCCAGGUCGCAACAGGAUGUACGAGUGGAACAGGAUCUUCUUACAGUGGACAACAGGCGGGGACAGAGCACUGGCUGGAAAAGCCUCUCUGACACAAACAUCAACAAAUACAACAAUCUUACCAAAGGCCCCAGUCUUACCAACCUGUUCAAGAAGAGCCGGAAUGAUGACCAGAGCAGUUCCUCGUCAGGGGCGGAUGAGGACCUUUCCCUGGGUUCAGAGUACUCCUGGGGAAAGAGGGGCAGUAGUGCUAGUAGCACUGGUACAGACUGUGGUCUCUUGGAGAUCAACAGAGUGACAGGGGAGCUAAAGCUCGCCAUCGCCUUCAACCACAUGACUUCCUGCCUGGAGAUCACAAUAAACGGCUGCAGAAACCUGGCGUAUGGAGAUAUCAAGAGGAAGAAGUGUCACCCGUACGUCAAAGUCUACCUACUGCCGGAGAAGUCUCAGAGCAGCAAACUGAAGACAACUAUCAAGAGGAAUACAACGGAUCCCAUUUAUAAUGAAAUUUUACAGUGCCAGAUGGAGAGCCCCUUGUUGUCCAGGAGUACUCUGCAGGUGUCUGUGUGGCACUCUGCGACCCUGAAGAAGAAGGUGUUUCUGGGAGAGGUCCUCGUCCCGCUGGAGGGCUGUAUAUUUGAGGACAGCACCACCCAGGGCUCCAACUGGUACCCCCUGUGUCCAAAGCCUGAGAGUCCAGAAGGGAGUGCAGUAAAGCAGGAUACAGCAGGAGAACUGCUGGUCAGAAUGAAGUUCACCUCCUUGUCCCAGCCGUCCUGGGUUUGCCACACAGAUGAGGUUCAUAUUGGACCACAUGAUGUUGGUCAACUGACUGUUCUCGUCACUGGUGCCAGAAAUCUGCCCACUAAAGCAAACAAUAGUCAGAACACCUAUGUGAAAGGGUGCUUGACUCUUCCCGGGCCCAGGGAGCUGGUCCAGAGGACCCCUGUCCUGAAGAAGCCCAGUCCGGCGUGGUCUCACCAGCUGUUCUUCAGCAGAGUCACGCCCUAUGACCUCCAGAUCUGCACUCUGGAGCUUGACCUCUGGGACCACGCCCCCUUUACCUUCUCAGACCGCCUCCUGGGCUGGGUCAGAAUGGAAGCCGGGUUAUCAUGGCAACUGGUGCUGCAGACACCCAACAUGUGGCAUGACUUCAGUUUACCCAUGCAGGCCAACAUCAACAGCAGGAGAACAUGAUGUCAGAGUCAACAGAGAAAAAAGCACCUGGACUGGACACGGUCUCCCCACAAGAAAAACAUUGGCACAUUAAGGGCUCUAUUCAAUCCGUAUCGCAGAAAUUCAGCGUGAAUGAAAUUUAAAGACAAUGCUCCUGCAGUAGCGGAGUCUGCAUUUACGGUAAAUGUUGCGGAUGUCGGCUCAAUAUGAAAUUACUUUUACAUUUCAGCAAUACAGACUGAAUAGAGCCCCUACUCUACCUUUACCUCUAUUUGCACAGACCGUCAGGCCCUUGCUUAGUGAAAGUCCCUCCUAUUAAAUAUUUAUGUUCAAUUGAUUACCUUUUAUGUAUUAAAAGGAUGUUCUACUCAAAAGGAAACCUAUUACUGUUUUUAAAAGGGACGUUCCACUCAAAUACAACCCAUCUUGAUUUUUCCACUUUCCUUGGGAAAUGGCCUACAACUGAGGUAUUAAAGUGGAAAAUCAUGUUAAAUUGUAUUUUGAAGGGAAUAUUCCUUGUGCUUUAAGCAUGCUCACCUGAUAACAUUGAAUGAAUGAAAGUCYUUAAAUGUCUGAGAAAGUGACUGUCUACAACAUAAGAAAACAUGUGGUUGUCUCAUUCUUUCUUAGUUUCUUCUUGUCCUUUCUAUUCAUGAGUUUCUGUAACCUGUAGUUAACCCCUAGCUAACGUUUUUCCCUCAAGUCAGAAGAUCAGAAAGCAGAAAGUGAAAACACAGUAUGAAGCUGUAAUCAUAGAUCUUUAUUGCCAAUAUGCUAAACACCUCAUUAUAAAAUCCAGUUGAAAUAAAGAACAGUGGGCCAGCGGCAGCACUGUGUGGUUUUGGUUAGUGUCAGUAAUAACCGAGUCUA